AUGUCGACAACGGCGCCAGCCAUGAACCAUAAUGCCAUCACUCUAUCCGGCGCCAUCAUGGUAGCUGCCGUCGUCGUCGUCUUCUUACUAUUCGUCUUCUUUCUCAUUUUCUACAUUCGAUCAAACUUCCACCUCGGCAUAGUCCGCACCCAUGAAAACUCCAACACUCACUUCGCCGGCGGCAACCAGCCCUCUGUGUUCCGCCGCGCGCUCAGCCCCGCCGUGCUCAAGUCACUCCCGGUCGCCGUCUUCAGCGCUAAGGAUUUCAAGGACGGGUUUGAGUGCGCCGUUUGCAUCUCAGAGAUAACUGACGGCGAGCUCUUCCGUUUGCUUCCCGGUUGCCGCCACGGUUUCCAUCUGGACUGUAUUGAUUUGUGGUUUAGCUCGAAUUCUACCUGUCCUGUAUGCCGGAGCUCGGUUGAAUUGCCAAAAAGGGUGAGUUUGAAGAAUGUGGAGCAGACUUGCGAUGUAAAUACCAGACCUUUGCAAGUAGAUUGUUCGGGAGAAGGAAGCUCUAGGAGGUCUAGUGGCUUGCAGGUAAAGGUAUUGAUGCCGAUAAAUGAGAUGGAAAGUUCUUCUUUGUCGUUGCAAUCGAGUGGGAUUCCGGCGGUGGUGGGUGAAGAACACAGAGGAUGGGAGGUUGGGGGCCGGCCGCCGCCGGUGGCGGUGGUGGGGGCUUCGGCGGCUAGAGUUGAAGGAGAAAAACAGGGGAGUUCAUCAAGUUAG